GUUACUCACUAUAAACAGUACCCACCCAACACAAGCAAAGUUUAUUCCUACUUUGAAUGCCGUGAAAAGAAGACUGAAAACUCCAAAGUAAGGAAGGUGAAAUACGAGGAAACAGUAUUUUAUGGGUUGCAGUACAUUCUUAAUAAGUACUUAAAAGGUAAAGUAGUGACCAAAGAGAAGAUCCAGGAGGCCAAAGAAGUGUACAAAGAGCACUUCCAAGAUGAUGUCUUCAAUGAAAGGGGAUGGAACUACAUUCUUGAGAAAUAUGAUGGUCAUCUUCCAAUUGAAGUAAAGGCUGUUCCUGAGGGCUCUGUCAUCCCCAGAGGGAAUGUGCUGUUCACAGUGGAGAACACAGACCCUGAGUGCUACUGGCUUACCAACUGGAUUGAGACUAUUCUUGUUCAGUCCUGGUAUCCAAUUACAGUGGCCACCAAUUCAAGAGAGCAGAAGAAAAUAUUGGCCAGAUACUUGUUAGAGACCUCUGGUAAUUUAGAUGGUCUGGAGUACAAGUUACAUGAUUUUGGUUACAGAGGAGUCUCUUCACAAGAGACUGCUGGCAUAGGAGCAUCUGCUCAUUUGGUUAACUUCAAAGGAACAGAUACGGUGGCGGGAAUUGCUCUAAUCAAAAAAUACUAUGGAACAAAAGAUCCUGUUCCAGGCUAUUCUGUUCCAGCGGCAGAGCACAGUACCAUAACAGCUUGGGGGAAAGACCAUGAAAAAGAUGCUUUUGAACACAUAGUAACACAGUUCUCAUCAGUGCCUGUGUCUGUGGUCAGCGAUAGUUAUGACAUUUAUAAUGCUUGUGAGAAAAUAUGGGGUGAAGACCUAAGACAUUUAAUAGUAUCAAGAAGUACAGAGGCUCCGCUAAUCAUCAGACCUGACUCUGGAAAUCCGCUCGACACUGUGUUGAAGGUCUUAGAUAUUUUAGGCAAGAAGUUUCCUGUUACUGAGAACUCAAAGGGCUACAAGUUACUGCCACCUUAUCUGAGAGUCAUUCAGGGAGAUGGAGUGGAUAUCAACACUUUACAGGAGAUUGUAGAGGGAAUGAAACAAAAAAAAUGGAGUAUUGAGAAUGUCUCCUUUGGUUCUGGCGGAGCUUUGCUACAGAAGUUAACAAGAGACCUCUUGAAUUGCUCCUUCAAAUGCAGCUAUGUUGUAACAAAUGGCCUUGGGGUUAAUGUUUUUAAGGAUCCAGUUGCUGAUCCCAACAAAAGGUCAAAAAAGGGCCGGUUAUCUCUACAUAGGACACCAGCAGGGAACUUCGUUACACUUGAAGAAGGAAAGGGAGACCUUGAGGAAUAUGGCCAUGAUCUUCUCCAUACAGUUUUCAAGAAUGGGAAGGUGACAAAAAGCUACUCAUUUGAUGAAGUCAGAAAAAAUGCACAGCUGAAUAUCGAGCAGGACGUGGCACCUCAUUAGGCCUGGUUGUUGUUUGUGCAGUGUGUGUAUACAUACGUGCACUAUGUGUGCACUUGUGUGUAUGUAAUAACAUGUUCAUUGUACAGAUGUGUGGGUUUGUGUUUAUGAUACAUUACAGCCAGAUUAUUUGUUGGUUUAUGGACAUAGUGCCCUUUUUCUUUUCGCCAAUGUUUAGACGAUCUCAAAUUAGGAAACACUUAUAACCAUGUACAAGAUUAAUGCUAAAGUGAGCUUUUAGUGCCCUUUGCUAAUAGAUAGUAACUCAAUCUGGUGUUGACCUUUUCACAAAUCACAGAACCAAGAAACUUUUAUAUAUAUAACUACAGAUCACAUAAAACAGAUUUGCAUAAAAUUACCAUGACUGCUUUAUGUUUAUAUUUAACUUGUAUUUUUGUACAAAUGAGAUUGUGUAAGAUAUAUUUAAAGUUUCAGUGAUUUAACAGUCUGUUUCCAACUUUUCAUGAUUUUUAUGAGCACAGACUUUCAAGAAAAUACUUGAAAAUAAAUUACAUUGCCUUUUGUCCAUUAAUCAGCAAAUAAAACAUGGCCUUAACAAAAUUGUUUGUGUUGUUGUACAUUUGGAAAUUAUGUCAGGACACAUACCCAACAUAAUUACUAACCUCACUGCCCUUGUAGAAUAUGCAUUAGUCAUUCUAUAUUGAUGGGAAUUAUGGUUCUUACUCGAAUGUUCUAGGCAUUGUACAGUUCUAUACCUUGGUCAUUGUAUUGUACAAGUGAGAUGCCAAAUUCAAAAGGCCUGUUCUGCAAUUUUAUAUGUCAGAGAAUAGCCUGUAGCUCUAAUAUGCACCUCAAGAUUUUAAGAAGAUAAUGUUUUUAGAGAGAAUUUCUGCUUCCACUAUAGAAUAUAUGCAUAAUGUAAAAUAUUGAAAGUGAAAGCAGUGUAUUUUAAAGUAAUUACACUUCUGAAUUUAUUUUUCAUAUUCUGUAGUUGGUAUGACUUAAAUGAAUUGCUGGAGUGGGUAGUGAGUGUACUUAUUUUAAAUGCUUUGAUUCUGUUAUAUUUUCAUUAAGUUUUUAAAAAAUUAAAUUGGAUAUUAAACUGUAUGGGCAUCAUUUAUUAAUUUUAAAUUAAACCCUCAGUAACUAAUAUUUUUUAAGCAAGUUCUUGAUAUUACCCCCAAUGGAAAGUGUGGUUCUUAGUAGAAGAAUCUACUUUAAUCAGAGUUGUGGCUAAAUUUAAAAUAUCCGUCAUCAAAACGUUUAUAGUGACUUACUGCUAGAUCCUGAGUUGGCCAUUGCAUCUGACUAGACACUAGUUAGUUUCUUUGGGGUGACUACUGUCAGUUUUAAGGCAAGGUUGGCCAGCUGCCCUGCAGGCCACCUUGGUACUGCUCCAUUGUAAUUAUGUACUGUCUAAGGCUGUUUCCCACAGUGGCAGAAAUUGAGUAGUUGCAAUAGAGACCAAAUAUUCCACAAAGCCUGGAAUGUUCACUUCUGUGUUCACUAAACACAAACACAGAAAACUCACUAGCCUAUGCUCUAAGAAAAGGAACAUGCGUUUGCACUUUAAGAGGUGUUGGUUUUUCUGGGAAGGAAGGAAACUGAAUUUUAUGAAGUUUCUUUUGUUCUCAUUUAAGAAUCUGAUACUAGAAACUGAUUAGUCAAGUUUUAACAACUUGCCAUUAAGAUGAAAUUUUAAAAGCCAUGAGUCAUCUAGAACAGUCACAUGAGAGCAUAUCUGUAAUCUCAUGAAGGGAGUACCAGGUUUAGAGGUGAUCCUAAAACAUGGGUUUAAAAAUUAUCUUAAACAGAUUAUUUUUUUUAAUGUAAUUUAAGAAGUCUCGGUUUGGUGUGGUGCAUGCCUGUAAUCCCAGAACUGAAGUGGAGACAGAAGGGUCAGAAAUCAACAUUCUUGACUACAUAACAAUUCCAGGCUAGCCUGAACUACCUGAGACAAUGAAAAUGUGACUAAAAAGUCAUGUCCUGGAUGGGUAUUAAGGUAGGCAGUGAUAAUUCCAGUACUUUAGAGGUAUACACAGGCAGAUUAUUGUUCAAAACCAGCCUGAGCUGUGUAGACCCCUGUCUGUGCUCCCUGAGAGGCACAGCUUCACAAAAUACGCUACAAGGCUUACAGACAUUGGUGUCAUACCAAGCAGGGUAUUUGUGUUCUGUGAAUUCAGGCAGCUCCACACACCAGUUUUAUCUUGGAACAUUUAGUGAGAACGAGAAGUCUCCAUUUGUACAUGUGGGUCCAGGAGUAGAAUGGGUAAUUUCUCUUGGCUCUGGUCCCCGUGGAACUGUUUAGUUUUGAGCUUCUGCCACUAAGCACUAUUUGCCAUCUCCAUCCUAAGUACGCAAUGGAUAACAUAAAUGUCAAAUGGAGUUGUACUGUGUGUCACCCUUGGCCUAACCCUUCCUGACAAAAGCAAAUAACAUAUACAGAUUUAAGACACUAGAACUUUUAAGUAGUAAGUAGGAUUUUGUGUUGACUUAUUUGUACCCUAUAUUUAAAGUAAAAAGUUUUUAUUAUGAGUAGCCCUUUUCUUGAAAUAAACUGUUAUGAAAAAAACUUUUAUAGUGAAAUCCAUCUUGGAAAAUUAGAGAAAACUAGCAAGGUAUUUGUUGUUGUAUUUACCAUAACUUAGAACUCACUUAAACUAGUAUUUUGUAGUUUUACAUUCCUUUUUAACCCAUCCAGUGGAGAAUUAUCAAGCUUUCUCCCAAGUUGUAUGUUAAGUCAAUUCUAAUAUGUACUCUUCAUCAAAGACAAUAUGUAAUAAACAUGGAAAUAAAGUUUAGUUCUGUUA